AUGUCCUCAUAUCCACUCUCUGUUUUGUCCUAUCCAUUCCCUGUGUUUUCCUAUCCACUCCCUGUGUAUUCCUAUCCAUUCCCUGUGUAUUCCUAUCCAUUCCCUGUGUAUUCCUAUCCACUCCCUGUGUUUUCCUAUCCACUUCCUGUGUAUUCCUAUCCACUGCCUUAUUCCUAUCCACUCCCUGUGUUUUCCUAUCCAUUCCCUGUGUUUUCCUAUCCAUUCCCUGUGUUGUCCUAUCCACUCCCUGUGUAUUCCUAUCCAUUCCCUGUGUUGUCAUAUCCACACCUUGUUGGUGUAGCUACUACAAGGUUCAAAAAGACUCUUGGCGUUGAACCAAAGACAUAA